GGCGCAUAUCUGUAUCUGGUGUCUCAUUGUACCAAUAUUUAUGUGUUUUUUUAAACUUAUGACAAGAAAGUAAAAAGAAAAAAACCCAUCACAUUUUCACAAGUAAUAAUCAUGACGUUACUAAGCCAAAAAAAGAAAGAAAAAACAUGUUUUCGUCUCCAUGAAUGAAAACAAAAACAUGUAACCAUUAGGGUAUAUAAACAUAAACGGAUAUUUGUGUUUCCUUUUGUUUAAUUCAUAUCAACUACUGAUAUUCUACUGAAGUCAUAAUGAUUCAAACAAUAAAUUGGAUCAUUUGGAAAUUAUUCAUUAUUUAUAUUAGUUUACAUUUAUUCACAUUAAAUUUAAUCAACUCUGAAGACGUCAGCAGCAAUACCGAUCAUCGUAAUAGUUCUCCAGAUUCAGUUAAUCAUGAAGUAUUCAAUGCAAACUUGGAUCCAAAUGGACCUUUCAAAUUUGAAAUAUCGAAUGAAACAUCUAUAGAAAUUAACGAAGAAUUAGGCGAAGAACUGCAUGAAAUACAACGUUUAUUAAAUGAAUUAGGUAGAAGAAUAAGAGAAACUCCAAAUUCAGCAAAUAAAUAUAUGAAGAAUGAAUUAUUAAUUAGUAGUUGUAUUAUAAUUACAUUGAAUCUAUUCAUAUUUAUGUAUAAAUCUUAAUGACAACAAUCAUAAAAACAAAACUACUUAUUAUCCAUAUAAGUAGUUUAUCUGUUUUAAUAAAAUUUAUCAAAAAGGUCGUUAUUAUAAUGUAUCAUAUUAAUUUCCUGUUAUUAAAAUGAAUGAAGUGAUUGUAAUUUCAAUGAAUUUAUAACUUUGUAUUAUUAUACUACUUAAAUAAAAUAAUGAGUAGUCCAACAGUU